AUGUUUGCUAAACUGAUCGGGAUAGAACAACACAAAGGACACGGCUCUCACAGCAUAGACUUAUCAACUAUGCAAAUGGAGCCGGAUCUCUCUUACUCUGAUGUUAUCACUGGUAGCACGGACUUAGAAAUGGAACGACCCAAUUCACGACUACAUUGUCAUCCGGAAAUUACUUACAAGUGUACUGUACAACCAUAUUUCUCACUUCAUACUCAUACUCCGACGGCAUACAAUAAUAAUACAACCAGACAUCGACCAAGCCUUGGGACACUUCAAACAGCUGAUACACUUCAUGCAAGGCGAUUUCUUAGCGAUAAACGUCGGAGUUACAGGAAUCGAAGUCUUGGUCCCACAAUUGCAUCGGCUCCAUCUGUGGAGCAGGAGGAUUAUCGAACACCGCGACCUUCAUUUGAUAGCAAUGGAUACGCUGGAAAAAGUUUUGACUUUAGCAGCGCCCACGCAGGACUCACAACCAGCGACUCGAACCCGCUUGUUAAGGUAUCUGCUGAUUUCCUACGGCUAAACGGAAGUCGUCAGCAGUUCAAAAAUCUGCUGUCUGCGCGGAAAAAAUUGGGCUCCCUUCCGCCUGCGUACACGAGAAUUGACUUCAGUCGAGAGUCACUGGAUUCACACUCUGCUCGCGCCCUCUCGAAUCACCAUGGUCCGGUGAUUACUGUAGAAGACACUGGAUCUCAACUACGAAUCAAUAAUAUCAAGCCAAGUGUCAAUCAGCACCUACUGGAAACGUCAUGUUCGUUUGAGAAAACUAUGGUGACCCAAUGCGAACGGAAUGGAUCGGUCACGUCACAUAAUACGAGUUCCGCUUUUCAACGAAAUAACAGCAGAUAUGGAGUCCCUAUUGAUAGCAUUGCGGUUAAACAAGUCUACCGGGUUCGAUCGGAACGGUUAAUCAAUCGAGUUCGGAUUACGGAUAGAUCGCUAUAUUCGGCACUGUUCGGUGUUAUUCUCAUGCUGAUAGAAUCGGAAUUAACCGCUGAACGUGUUUAUGGUGUCUCUAAGGAUCAUUGGAUUUCUCAAUCUCUCCGGGUCGGAGUUGCUUUUUCUACUAUCAUUUUGCUCUUCCAUAUUGUACUCUACCAUUUGAAUGAUAUCACGCUCGAGUUAGUGGACUGUGGAGCAGAUGAUUGGCGGGUGGUGGUCACUACAGAAAGGGUUAUUCAGUUUUGUGCGGAAUUUGUGUGUUGUGCCAUCUGCCCAUUGCCAGGAAGUGGAGAAAUGAAAUGGACGUUUAUCGAACCCUCGCUGCACAAGGACGGGACAUCGGAAGGGCGAACCAUCUCAACUCGAAGUGUAGAAGUGCCAGUUGACAUCAUUCUGUCAUGUCUGAUGCUUUGCCGAUCGUAUUUGUUUGCAAGAUUCAUGGUUCUACACAGCAAGCAAUUCCAGGAUGCUUCCACUAGAACUCUAGCCGCGUUGAAUCGAAUCCAAGUCAACUUUUCUUUUGUGAUCAAAACCUCGCUUGACCAACAACCAGUCUUAUUUCUUACCUCUUUCACUUUCAUUUUCUGGAUCAUCAUGUCCUGGAUGUUUGUUCAGUGCGAGAGAUAUGGAUUCUCUGAGAAGAACCCCCAAUCAAUUUUGUAUUCGAACUCCCUCUGGUUCAUCGCAAUCACAUUCAUGCUUAAUGGAUAUGGUGAUAUUGUGCCACAAACCAAUGCAGGCAGAUUCAUUGCAAUUUUCGUUGGAGUAGUGGGAGCCGUGAUUUCCUCAAUUCUCAUCGCGGUCAUAUCCAGAAAUAUACUUCUUUCUCAAGGGCAACGCAACGUGAACAACUUUAUGUACGACAGCAAAUUAUCCAGAGAGCACAAGGAAGCAGCGGCGCGGGUUCUACAGCAUACAUGGCACAUUCACAAGUGUUUGCAAGGCGGCGAAGGUGGUAAUCGCCGUCUGCGGACAUAUCAGAGGAAGUUUUUGAAAGCGAUUCACAGGUUCCGUGCAGUCAAGAGUGAGAUGCGAGAGUUUUCUGAGAACAAUGCACAAAACAAUCCGCAAAUGACAAGACUGGUGACAGAUAUGCACACUUCUAUGCAGAGAUUAUUGAAUGUUCAGGAAGAGAUGAGAAUGCAAAUUGAGGUUCUUCAACAAAGCGUCCGCAAUCACUACCAUCACUCGACUCCAAACGUUCCCCAACUUCAAGGUCUAACUUCCUCUUCACAUCCAUCUGAGCGUCACGACAGUCGCUACUAA